AUGGAACGCGACUCAAAAUUUGCGAUUCCCCAAUACAAAAAGUGGAUAGAAGCUUCUAAGCUUGAAGAUGUUAUGCUGGGUGCUAUCAUCGCAAAUCCUCUCCGCCAAUCAGCAGAUUACGCGCCUGGCCAUCCUUUUGUGAACUAUAAUCCCCAAAUUAGGAAGACCACCGAAAGGGAUGCUACCGACAAGUUCGACCUUUUAACGGGAAUGAUUGCGGAAUGCCCAAUUGCAGGAAACAUAGAAGAUAUCAUUCAUUUAACUGGAAAGUUCAUUGGAUAUAAGCGAAUUCACCAGCUGGAUGAGAACUAG